AUGCCUGGAAUCACUGCUUUCCCCCCUUUCCCCGACAACGUCCCGACCCACCCGCUCCUUGUCAUCGACUACGAGCUCAUCAAGGCUUACGACAAGGACGAGAUUGCACAGCUGUGGAAGGCCGCCACUGAGCUUGGCUUCUGGUAUUUGAAGAACCACGGUGUGGACGAGGAGGUUCACAAGAUGUUCGACAUGGGCGCCGAGACGAUGGACCUGCCGUUCCAGGAGAAGAUGGAAUACAAGGCGUCCGGCGCAACGGUGACGGACGAGAAUGGGUCACCGGACUCUGUCGAGUUCAUCAACAUCGCUAAAAACGACGCUUUCGCCUGGCCUGCCGUCGCCCGACGGACAUAUCCCUCCACCGUGAACGCCCGCAUGGACUCCGCCGUCGUGCCGUUUGUCAAGAAAUCGGUCAGGGUGCUCGAUACGCUCCUGGAGGUAUUCGACGAACUGCUGGGACUGCCCGAGGGCACGCUAGCGUCGAAGCACAAGUUGAAUGAGUUGAGCGGAAGCGAGGCUCGGGUGAUCAAGAGCCCGCCGCGGCCUGGAGGAACGGACGAGGCGAAGGCGGCGCUGAUGGCCCACACUGACUUUGGCUCUCUCUCAUUCCUGCACAACAGACUCGGUGGUCUGCAGGUGAUGGUGCCGGGGACAGACAAGUGGCAGUACGUGAAACCGAUAGCGGGGCAUGCGAUCUGCAACAUCGGAGACGCGUUGACGAUCUUCAGUGGGGGUCUGCUCAAGUCGAACCUCCAUCGUGUCGUGCCGCCUCCAGGGGAACAGGCCCGCCACACGCGGUGGUCGGUGGUCUACUUCACGCGUCCAGGCAACUCCGUGCAGCUCCGUGCUCUUGGUGAACAGAGCGCCGUGAUUGGGCGUGCGGUUGAGAAUGUCCCAGGGCACCUGCGGGCGAUCUUCGAGACUGGACAGACGUCGUUGGAGUGGUUCACACGUCGGAUGAAAAAUACGCGGACGAACAACCAGAAGGGGGCAGAUGUGUGGCGGAUUGGCCGAGGGACGGAGCACCAGCCCCUUGUGGUGUAG